UUAGGGUAAAAUUAUUGUGAAACUAUAAUUUAUAGUUGCAGUGUAUUAAGAAAAUUAACUUGUAUUUGUAAGUUUAAACUUUUAAAUGUAAAAAUUGUAAAUUUAGAAAACUUUAUUCUGCUGUUUUUGGAUUAAACAAUGUCAAAGGAUUCUUGGCGACAGAAUUCAAUGCCACCACGCCCAGAUUAUGGGAAUUUUAAAGCACCUUCAUUACCGAGUGCAAACUCCAACCCAGCACCCAAGAAAACUCGCAUUUCAAAGUUUUCUGACGAACCCACAGUAAACAGUCCGCCGUUAAACGGUAAUGGUGGUACUUCUGAAAAAUCGAGGGUCUCAAAAUUUUCUCUCCACCCACCAAGUGCUUCCAUUCCGUCAAAAUCUGACCCUGUUGCAGCAGCGGCUGCAGCAGCUGCAAGAAUUAAUGCAAACCUUCGAGCAAAAGGCAAGUUAUCCGACCAAACACAGCAUAAACCAGUAGUAAAUACGAUACAAACAGCAAACUCUGCGUUAUCUGCAAUUCAAGUGUCCCAGAUUAAAAAAAUAUUUGAUCUUUAUGUUGCAAAAAUCGAUAUAAAUAAUCUACCAAUAGUCACACGAACUUACAUGACUCAAGUCAACGCACAAGAAAUCAUUAACAAACAAACGGGGGCUGCUGUUUCCACCAAAGGACAAUAUUUAACACAAGAUGAAAAGAAAAACGUUGAAGGAAUAGACAAGCAGUUACAUUUAUACGUACAGUCCCCUUCACAAGACAAAGUAGAGCUUGCUAUCAAUAAAAUAAAAGACAUGAUUUCAAAACAUAACGUCUCAAAGUCUUCCCUAAGCGCAGUUGCCCCAACCAUGGUCCCACCAAUGGUCUCAAUGCCCAUCCCACAGAACAUGGUGGGCCAACCAUCCUUACCAAGUGGUAACUAUGUCCAUGACAAAUUAUUUAUAGGAAUGGAUUACGUUCCCCCAGAUUUUGACCUGAAAACAAAACUUAUCGGAGCAAAUUACACAAACUUUAAUUUCGUUGCGAACUCCACUGGAGCAAAGGUGAUUCUACGAGGCAGAGGAUCUGGUUUCAUUGAGCCGACUUCUGGUCGCGAGGCUUUUGAAUCUAUGUAUGUAUUCAUCAGCCACCCAAAUCAGGCGGGGGUAGAUGCCGCUAAAAAGUUGGUGAACAAUCUUAUAGAGCAUGUACGUAACGAAUACAAUGCUCAUACCAGAAAAACACAGUCUGGAUUUGGAAACCCACAAGCCGCUUACCCAGGGAACCCACCAUAUGGGUCCAACUCGGUAAACUACCAACCCCCAUCCCAAUUCCCAUCUUACCCCAUGGGUAAUAUACCCCCAAUGGGGAACCCAUACAUGAACUACACCCAAGCCCCCCCUAACCCUUACAACAUGCCCCAGAACAUUACGGCUCACCCUAAUAUACCCCCUCCUGUCCCAGUACCCCCACCAACCUUCACCCCGCCUACCCAGCCCCCCUUUAACCCCCAAGCGACCCCCAAUAUAACCCCUACCCCCCAAGCAGCACCUACAAGUGACAUGAUGCCACCUCCUCCCCCUGUUGCUGUAAAACCAACAGAACCAGCGCCGAAACCGACGAAAAGACGAAGGUUUAAAGAAGAACAACCUGACGAUUCAAACAUCCUAGGCUACCAACAAUUCUCUAAAAACUCUGACCAAGAUUCCAAAAAAACGAAAAGAAACUUUUCAGAAAAAUCAACAGAAAGCCUUCCAAAUACUACAGUAGAGAAAGAUUCAAAAGAACAAACGAAAAGCGGUUCACUACCAUUCUGGAUGUCGUAUGACUGACUGUUUUUAUAUAAAAAUUCAACCCAAAAACGGAGAUGUUUCAUUUCAUGUGUUAGACCUUGUUUUAAGUUUUCCUUGUGCAGGAUAUAGAGCUCGCUUUUGUAUUUACCGUAUUUUGCCUUUUCAAUCAUUCAUUGUUAUAAGCAUCUGUUUAAAUUAUCAGCAAUUCCAAACAUGUGAUUAAUUUUAGUUUUACCGCAUAUGGUUUCCACUUUCUAAUAACACUAUUAUAACAAUAUAACAAAAGACCUUAUCAAAAAACCUGCUUCAUGAUUAUGGCAAUUCAAUUCCAAUUAAACUGUUAGUAUUUCUAAGUUCUUUUAAGUGAAGUUUGUUUCCUCAUGGGCGCUAUGCAAG